AUGGACUAUCUGACAGCAAUGGAAUGUAAUCCAGUCUAUGAAUUUCCCUAUAGUGGCUAUCAACCAUGUUCAACACCACUUUUUAAUGAUAAUAUAAAUACGUUAUUAUCGAGUAUUAACCCACCAAUAGGUGAUCAAUGCUGCUAUCAGCCUCCGACAAUUACUUUAAACUGUGUUCCACAAAUAAAUUCGAAUGUAUGCAACAGAGAGACACUUGUCUAUCAAGCACCAGAAAAUAUGCCUAUUGAAACAAUUUUACAAGAGCUUGGUGUUAACGUGAAUACAAUACAACGAACUGGUUCUCUCGAUAACUGUUACCGAAAUGUAUGUGAUCCAAUGGAAGUUACUAUUUUAUCUCCUUCACGUCGUCGUCGUCGACGACUUGUUUGUCAUGAAGUCUCAGAUUCUGAGGAUGAUCAUUAUUACAGAAGACGUCCACCACGUCAUCGUUCGUAUGAUCCUGAUUCUUUGCCCGAUCGUCCAGAUAAAUCUCCAACUGCUAUUCAUGAUGUAUUAAGCAACGUAUGGAAUAAAGCAAGAACAGUACCAGAACGUUUACCACGAUCUUCUUCAGAUCCGAAUAUUGCUCGGCAAUGGGAAGCAAUGCGGAAUUAUACUCCUCCUCCAUCAAGUAAUGCUAAUAUGAAUAAAGUUUGGCAAUCAAUGCGAAGUACUCCUCCUCCUCCUCCUCCAUCAAGUAAUGCUAAUAUGGAUAGAAUCUGGCGAGCCAUGCAAAAUACUCCUCCUCCAUCGAGCAAUGCUAAUAUGAAUAAAGUUUGGCAAUCAAUGCGAAAUGCACCUCCGUCACCUAAUCCUGCAACUAUGAAUGCUUGGCAAGCAAUGCGAAAUGCACCUCCAUCACCUAAUCCUGCAACUAUGAAUGCUUGGCAAGCAAUGCGAAAUGCACCUCCAUCACCUAAUCCUGCAACUAUGAAUGCUUGGCAAGCAAUGCGAAAUGCACCUCCGUCACCUAAUCCUGCAACUAUGAAUGCUUGGGAAGCCAUGCGAAAUGCACCUCCGUCACCUAAUCCUGCAACUAUGAAUGCUUGGCAAGCAAUGCGAAAUGCACCUUCAUCACCUAAUCCUGCAGCUAUGAAUGCUUGGGAAGCCAUGCGAAAUGCAUCUCCACCAAUGUCACCAUAUGGGCAAACUGCUGUUACUAAUGCUUGGCAAAAUGCAAAUAAUGCAAGUCAACAACAAGCAAAUUCUAUUGCACGAGCGUUCAAUCUUAUGCAACAAUCACCUGGUAAUGUUAUUCAACCGCCACCACGACCGAAUCCAGCCGUACAAAACGCUUGGAGCCGUGCUAGUCUUGCAUCACCAUCAAUGGCCAAUAAUCCUUGGAAUCGUAUGCCAACUCCUGGUUUCCCAUAUCCAUCGGGAGGUUUACCACCAGGAACUCCUAAUCCUAGUAGAGCACCUGCUCCGAGAUCGUUUGCUGCACUACUAUCUCAAGCACAAAGACAACAUUUGCCUUAUGCAGGAGCCAUGUGA